AUGGGCUGUGGAUCAUCAAAUAAAACAACAGCAAUAACAACAACAACAGAUAAUGAUGAUUCUACGGCAGAUGAAUGUGCAACAGUAUAUGAAGAAGAUAAAACAGGAAAGAUUCUUCCAAGUUAUUCAAGAAAUUUUUCUCAUCAAUCAUCAGAUUAUAAUAAUACAUUUUCACCAAGAACAAUUACUAGUUCACAUUCAUCAAGUUUUAAUCCAAUGAAAUCUCUUUCAAAUAAUACUACUGAAUUAAAUUUACGAUUAAUUGGUGAUGUAGAAAAUGAGCCAAAACAUCUUUCAAGUCCAAUAUGUGGUUACGAAGAUUAUCCACUUGUUUCACUUGAAGAAGCAUGUAAAACUCUUUUACCAUUUAUUAAUGAUUUAAAACGUUAUAUUAAUAUUGCUAAACAAAAUUCAAAAAAACCAAAUGAUAAUUUAACAUCAGAUGAAUCAGCUUCAAUUUAUUUAUAUACAUUAGAAUGGCCAGAUGCUUUAUAUAGAAAAUUAAAUUUUGAUUUACGUCAAGAUAAACGUGAUAAACUUAUUCCAUGGUUUUCAUAUUUAAAAUUAUUUCUUACAGCUCUUUUUAAAUUACCUGAUGUUAAAAGUGAAAUUAUUUGGAGAGGAAAUGGUAUAAAAUUUCAAGAUUAUAAAAAAGAUACAUAUCAUAUAUGGUGGGCUUUUUCAUCAUGUACAUUAAAUCUUGAAGUUCUUGAAUCAAAAAUUUAUCAUGGUAAACAAAUGAAUCGAACAAUAUUUUCUAUUCAAACAUUAAAUGGAAAAAAUAUUCGUAAUCAUUCUUAUUUUAAAAAUAAUGAUGAAAUUCUUCUUAUGCCUGGAACUUAUUUUAAAGUUAUUAGUGAAGGAUCUUCAUCAUCUAAUCUUCAUAUUAUUCAACUUAAACAAGUUCAACCACGUCAUAUUUUAUUAGAACCACCUUUUCAAAUUAUGGAAGAAGAAGAAGAAGAAGAAGAAGCAGAUGAUGAUGAAGGAUUUGAAACUGAAAGAUCAACUGAUAAUAAAAAAAAACAUAUAAAAACUGUAACAAGUAAUCAAUCACAAUCAAAUGAAAUUAGAAAUUCACCGAUACAAGAAGGAAAAUUGAUAUUUACAAAAAUUUCAAAUGCAUUAAAUAAUCGUUCAAACAUUCCAGAUGGUUAUGCUGGAUUUAACUGGAUAAAUAUUGAUUAUAUAGGUGAAAAUUAUGUUCGUCGUCAUAAACCUGAUUGGUUGAGACUUUUCAAUUUUUAUGAAGUUAUUGCAAUAACAAAUCAUUUUCCUAUGAGUAUUGAACGUGCUAAUGGACAAUAUUUUGCUGUUAAAGGUAUUGAAAUAAGUGGUGUUGAUAAAAAAGGACAACUUAAUCUAUAUGGUUUAUUGGAUGGUGAAAAAGUGUGUGAAGGAACACUUGAGCUUGAUAAUCAACAAGUAUUGGUCAUUGAUUUGGAUUGGGAAGAUAUUGAUACUUUAGGAUUCAUUGCAAAUAUUAAAAUAGCUAUUCAUUCCAUUAUUUUUGAACAUUUGGACUUGUAA